AUGCUCGCCGAAGCCGUCCAAUCGGGCGCUGAGCUUACAUCCAGCAGCAAUGUUCAGACUGUGUCUGACUUUUGGAUGUUUGUUGUCUAUUGCUUGGUUGUCAUUGUAGUCGUCCUCUUUUUCUUAUUCUACUUUAACCGCGCUCUCGGCCAAAUCUUGACUUGGCUAAUCAAUCAGUAUACUUGGCGACGCUACAAUGCUUACAUUGAAGAGCACGAGUACUGUUUAAAAACUUACGAUACCACUCCACCAAUCAAUCCAUAUCUAUCGUCAAAGGCCAUGUUUCCAUUCAAUACUGAUGCAUCCAAAAGCAGACUGCCAUGUCGAAUAGUCUGUAGCGUGGAAGGGCUCGAGUGGUUCCUUUACAAUAACGCUGCCGCCUACGACUCCAUGAGAAAUGUUCUCGGUGUUCCCUCAGCAAAUUCUAAUUCUCCAUCAAACAAUGACAACAAUGAUCAAGCAUCUGAUCCACCGUCAAAUCAUCCCACAACAUCCGAUCCGCCAACUGUAACGACGACGACGACCAAAAGCGAAGUUCGCGAUCCAGAAAGCCAAAUACCUGUCGAAGCCUCCUUAUUAUUACGAUUGAUGCCUGUGCAAUUUGAAUGUACCACAGGCGCCAUCAUGAUCGGGAAUAAUGAACUCCGCAGUAUGAUCGUGGGUCAGGCCGUGCAAGCGAGCGGUAUAUGGAGCGUGAGUGAGUCGCGUGCCGAGAUGGAUCACUACAAAUCAGUCCUCGAUCUGGUUCUCCGCAAAACUACUAUCAGUCUUAAGGAUAAUAUGGACUUCACAUAUGCUCAACCAGAAAGCGAUCAACCGCCACAGAAACCAAGGCCGCUUUGGCGACGAACAAUGAAUUUCUUUCUCUAUCCAUUCCAAGCCUUAUUCCACCCUGCCGCCAAAACAAGACAGUUUGGUCACAUGCAACACAUGCAUGGAAUCAUGCGCGCGCAACGCGAUUCGGAUCGUACCACUGGCCGCUCGACAACUUUUCAUGAGGAUUACGCGCGUGUCAAUAAUGUACUCGAGUGCAGCAAGUUGGCCGUCUUGUACUAUGCUGAUGUUCCAGGUCCGGUACCAUCCACAGAUGUACUGGGAUCCUCAGGAGUCGGGAUCGAUGUGGGUAACGGGGGCCUUCCGCCUGAAUGGGGAGUUCGAAUACUUGUGUGGAAUGCAAUGCUUCAUUACGGACCCUGGACGGAUCGUCAACGUACCGAGAUUCAGGAUUAUUUUUUUCCCAACUCACAUCGUAACAAUGUGCCUACGCCUUAUCUUAAACCUGGUGAACUUCGAAUGACCACUGCAUUUGAAUUCCAUGUCGAGCUAAUGACAGAAGGAACAUUACGUGUGCCAACACGAGAAAAGUCAAAGGACUGGAAAUACGAGACCGAAUCGGCCGAUUUAGAUCUCGGUGCCGAUGGCUAUUAUACCCGACCUUACGGCUGGAUCGAUGCCAAGGCAGCUGCUGGAUCUACCGUGAAAGUUGUCAUUCCUUUUGUCUGUGGAUCAGAUGGAUUUACAUCCACUGCUGAUAUUCACUUGAAGGACAUUGAUGCAUCUACGAGUGUGAACUAUGCUUCAUUACUACAAGCCAAGCAUCUCGAGCUAUCUGUACAUAUGCACUCACCCAUCGUUUGGAAUACACAUCGUGAAUGGGAAUUCAACGGUUCCGUCAGAGAGCCUCAAGUCUUCCUUCUUCGCGACCAUGUUUUUCUGUUCCAAGAUCUCAUCAAAGACUGGACAUCCACUCCUCCGGCAGAUCUCCUCCAUUUUAUACCCGUUACUUACAAUUUUACUGUCAAUAUACAUGAACCCCUUAUCUACCUAUGCGUAAACGAACAUAAUAUUAUUAGUAAUCCCAACGCAUUGGACGAUAAUGCAUACAUCAAGUUACAUACCAGCAAGCUAUGUUAUACCAUGACUCUGCCUUUUGUCGAUUUCGAGCCAGAAAUUAAUGUUAUCAAGUUCCAUGCUGAUCUUGAGCAAUUCGAUGUAGGCAUAUCACUCCAAAGCUCACAUACUCUCAGCGCGUUCAUGGAAAAAGAGAAUGCACAAUUUGGCAUGAGCGUUAGUGUUGCUAUCGAAGGCUCCUACGAAUAUUACACAUCAGUCGACGUCUUACGGCAUAUUGAAUCACUCAAUCUAAACAUCAAGCUGAACGGUGUCACGUGCAAGCUGUUUGGUACUGUUAUUCGCUACAUUAUUAUCCUGAAAGACAACUAUGCAGGUCAAUGGAUCAACUUUUCAACCAUUGACGAAUAUCGGCAACGACGACAAGAGCCACAAAAAUAUCAAGAAAUGAAAAAACGACAAGCUGAUGCCAAAGCUAUCCAAGAUCCUUUUGAAGUCUAUGUCCUCGUCGAUAUUCAAGAUGGAUCAUUACUUUUGCCGGAGAAUCUAUACGAUUGCUCACACUAUUCCCAAAUGGAUAUCCAGGAGCUGCAAGUUGAAUUACGAAACUUGGAUAUUUAUAUGGACAUGUAUAUUACGGUCAGUCCAAUUACUUGGACUCGCGAGAGUUAUACCGAUCCGAGCUCUAAAAAGGCGUUCGUGCGUAGUAGAAACGGACGCGAUCAAGGAAACUUUCUGUAUAUUGAUGAAUUAAGUAUAUACGCACACCGGUUGUUUGGCCCGUUACCAGAGAUAGCAACGUAUUUGUGUCAUUGGGAUUUUGAAGUGGGACGCAUCACUGGCGAGGUGAAACCAUCCUUCUUACUGGGAACAACCAACUUUGCGCAGACAUUCGCCUAUGAUUUGAUUGAUGAAGAUAAUGCCGUACCAGCAGAGAUAGCACCAGCCGCUGAUCCGGAUGUCACUUUUCUCAAGGCUUCUGUCAAAGAAGUAGAUGUCUAUCUAAUGAACGAUCACAGUGCUGCCAAAGUUAGCAUCGAUCAAGGUCUUUCACUCGAGUUUGAUAAUCUUGUCAACGAGAAGUACAACCAACGCGUCAAUGUCAAUAUACCAGCUUUGGUUGCUACGACCCUUGCAAACCAGGAUAACCACAUACAAGGAUUAGGUGCUGUAGAAAGCGAAUUUUCAUGGGUUGAAGUGGCCAAGCUUACUACUGGCAUGAAUAUAACCGUGUUCAGGCAUUCAAAGGAGUGGCGCAAAAUGCGAAACGCACAGCAAAACUUUAUCAGGGCCCAAGAUUAUGCAACACGUCGAUGUACCCACCUGUACGACGCUGACCACGAAUCGAAUGCUGCUUCACAUACAUCAAAUGAGUAUCACGUCGGUGUUUUAUAUGCACCACCUUAUCGUUCGUUUCAUUAUGAGGAACAUGAUACCGGAUUCGAUGGAGAGCCUAAUCCGGGCUACCUGAUGCGCACACCUUCACAACAGCCGGAAAACUAUGCAAUCCGAUCAUUCAAAGGUGCAGGAGGUGCAAGUGAUGUUCCUAGCGUCGGCUCAUACGUGAGUGAUUGGAUUGACGGGCCCUCAUAUCUGGACAAGCGGUCUCGCCAGAGCGUCAAAUCCAAUGAUGACGAGUCUUUCCACACGGCAUAUUCCAAUGAUCCUGCAAGUAGGAGUACGCCUCCCACAGGACAAGAAUUGGAAGUGAUGGAAUUAUACGAUCACUAUAGCUCAGAUUCUAGGGAAGUUUCUGACACUGAUGACGAUUCAUCACAUAAUGAGGAGUGGGGUGAAGAGCACCACAAAGGCAAAGCACCAGAAGUUAUGACCAUUCCUCCAUCCAUUCCUUAUAGUGGCUAUCUGAACCGCUAUGCGGUCAAAGCUGCAUCCCCUCCGGGUACACGGACAAGAGGGUUUUUUCAUCCCUAUCUGCCUCCACCAAAAACCCAUUUCGUACCACUCAAGGAGGGCCACCGUAAAAAGAUCGGCGGAUUUGACACAGACGCGGAAAACAAGAGAAAGGAUAACCCUGUCUUUCUCUUUCCAGGCACAGACACACUGUCAAAUAUCAGCAGCACCAGCUCAGAAAGCGCAAUUCAUGAUGGAGACGGUAAUACCGGCAAUGAAGUGGUUGUUACCGCGAUCCUUGAGGCGACGAGUCCUUUGCAGAUUCUUAUGACUCCUAUCCUGGUGAAGAUUGUUCAAGAAGUAUCUGAAGCUGUCAAUCGCUAUGAUUGGGAUUUGGAAUCCAUGUUAGAUGCUUUGCAGAUCGAAUACGUGGGUCAGCUGACGCGAUAUCUUACCGACCAGUUUGUCUGUACACGGUUUGCUGUAUCUCUGCCGAAAACCCAUUUUCAUUUCAUCCAAAACGUCAUGCUUCCGGACGACUUACCAUCCUACAAAGACGGCAAGUCGCACAUCAAGACCCAGUAUGACGAGCAAGACGCAACAAUGCUUUGCUCUGCCGAUGUCAUUCUCGAUAGUUUCAGCAUGAUUGGCAGUGUCAAGUUUGAAGACGAAGCGUAUGACGAGAAACAAAAAUCCGUGGCCGAAUCAAAAAUGAUCUUGCGCGAGUCACGUGUCCACAUUGAUGUUGGCGACCUGGAAUGCAAAGUACAGUAUGUCAGUGAACGGCACGAGACGGCACAUGAGCCUAUGGUAUUUGGCAUUCCACGAGCACGCCAACAUACACGCUCGUCGAGCCAGAACGAUAUCAGUCAUCAGGAUGACAAUGCUACGACGGAACUUGUCGUGGUGGAUUUCGUGGUGCGGAAGUUUGCGUUCAAAUGGCUGGGUGCUACAAAACCCAACUACUUUGACCUUACCAUUGAUGGGAUAUCAACAAUCAUCAUCACAGAGGCGGUGGAGAUCCUUGUUGGCGCUGUCUACUCUUGGUUGGUAUUUGUUGACGAUUUUAAAGCCAUUCUACAACGGUUCCAAAAUCAGCGGUCUCGCCAAAUCCAGAUGUUUAUCCACGAAUUAUCAGGCUUUUCACAACAUCCGAGCACAGUCGGCGACCCCUUGUUUUUGACUAAACCAGCCACUGUGCUACGUCUUGGCUCGCGCAACUUCCGAAACGACGUUGGCUGGAAACUGCUAGCUCGAAUGCGGUAUUGUCUGCGCACCAUCGACGCUGGUACUCGCGCUCGUUUACAGUACAGGCUUUCACAAAGCAUGGAUAGUACUCAGUUGAGCUCUAAGCAAAUGUUUGAAAACGUUGUCAAGAGUUUGUCGCUCUGGAGAAGCUGGGAGAUUGGCGAAGCCAACAUUUUGAAAUGCCGCCUGUUCACACAGCCCUUUAACAUGCCCACCAUCAACAUCGACAGGUCCGAGCAGCAACUGUCCGAUAUUGACAAGCUGGUAGAGCUGCUCAUCUCUUCAGUGAAUAUGGGCAAAAUCCGGAUCGAGAUGUUUGAAUUCUGCAUCUUUGAGGAGGAGCAAGAAACAGAUGAUAACAGUAUUGCUAUUGGUCCCGUCGAAUUGGCAGUGGAUACUGAAUACAAACGUCCACCUAUUUCCAAUGAAGAACCAGUGUCACGAGCAAGCGGCGAAGUUGAAAGACGACACGCCAGAGUGCCAAGGGAUGGCUAUCUCGAUGUGAUCGCAAAGGCGAGUGUCGAUUCAAUUCGAAUCAACACCAACCCGGCUAUUUUGGCCUUUGCUCGCCACAUGCUUACGGUGCAGCGUGUCUUUACGGCCAGACUACGCAGCUUAUCCCACGCCACGACAAUCUCUACUGAUCCUUCUGCUACUGCUGCAACCACGUCUGACUCAACACCAGUCACUUUCGAUGCACUGAUGUCGCGAGUGGACGUCGUCGCCCAAGCUCUGGUGACAGUGCAAUAUAUCGAUGUUUGUGCACGCGCUCAGAAGCUGACUAUGCAAAGCCAAGUGCGCGAAAUCCAAGGCUCCGCAUUGUUCUCCAAUCCAAAGCUGACGCCACUCCAUAUAUUCUCUUCCUCUGAAAGAGCAGAAUCUGACUCUGGUUCUGGCGUCCGUAGUUCCAACAAGACGUCUCGACGGCACAACAGUGGCAGUAAUAGACUUAUUCUCGAGGCUGCAGGUGGCAUUGAGUACAUUGAUGCGCGCUUCUACGAGAUGAAAACAUAUAAAUCCAUCGACGAACUUUUGGUGAUUACCCUCAACGGAGCCAACGUCAGUGCCAACAUUUCUCAACCCACCCGAGCGACUCGCAAGCAGUCUAGGAAUUCAAUUGAACCUACUGUCAGCAGCAGCAACAGAGAAGUACUGAAUGUGUUUUCGAAUAUCCACAAGUUCAAUAUUCAUGCUCCCCAAAGCCUGCUCCGAUUGUACGAAUUUAUCGAAGAUUGGCGUUCUGAACAAGGACAACGUUACGAGUUCCUUUUCCAGAAUCUGCUGAACGAAUGGGAAGAGCAGCGUAAAGUGGCCACUGCUGCAUCACACCUCAGAGUGGAUCCCUCUUCUGGUAGCCGCCGCUUAGACAAUGAUCGUACUGCAGUCAACAGCAGCAAAGCCGUUUCUGUGGAAAAGAAGUAUGAUCUCAAGCUCCAGUUCUUGCUCAACCAGUUUGAAGUGUUGUUUGAUUUAUUGCCGUCCCUGAGUGUCAAGUACCUCAUCGACGACUUUUUCGUCAUGGUUGACGAGAUCCAAGUCAAGGCGCAGCCUGUGCAAAAGUACGCAGUGCAACUCUCCAAACAAGAGAUUCAGUUGAUCGCCAAAAGCAGCAGCCCGGCUGGUCAACCACAAAAGCAGAUACACGAUGAAUACUCGGGCGGCACAUUCAGCAUUCCAGGUAUUCGGAGUACCGGAAGCCUCAGAAGCGAGACCAACAAGAGUGGAGGAACGCAGUUGCGCUUGCACUUUAUGGUUUUUGUCGACUUUAUCUCACUGUCGCUCAACGUCAGCAUGAUCGACUCUUUCUUGACUGCACAAUCACUGCUUGGUAACGAAAUUGGCGAGCUUAUUGAAGUGCUUUCGUACGACAAGAAGAAACGAAAGAAAAAAGAUGACAUACCAUCUACUUCCUCUGCUUCUUCCAGCGCUGCGACGACGGUCGUCAAGUACUCGAUGGACGUGAAUCUGAGUGGUUUGAGAAUAUCUGCAGCGAGUCCGUCGGCUUUGGGUGUAUUCGAAUCGAACGGCCUGGAGGCGCAUUUGUCAAACGAUACGAGCGAGUCUGACAGAGUGCUAUGGAAGGUGAAAGGCUACAACUUUGCACUAUCGCUAGAGCACAACACGGGACUGCCACCAUCCUCAGCAUCCUCAAUAGGCAGUGCAGGCAAAUCAGGCAAUCAGCAAAACCACCGUAAUCGACUUGCGUACAUUGUCACCGAUUUUGAGGUCCAAAACCACUUUCCACAAGACUCCGCGACGCAUGACAGCGGUAUCCAGCCUUUCUAUGUGGAUAUAUGCCGGAUACAGACCGUGAUGCAGCCCAUUGCGCUUGGAAAACUUGCCGAGAUGUACAUUUACUAUGAUUCGGAACUCAAGAAGAAGAAGGAAAUGAAAAAGACCGAGCUUGACCAGAUCGCCCAGACUACAAAACGUCUUGUCCAAUCGUUCAAGCGGGAUGUUCCGAAAUAUCAAGAGGCAACACAUUCUCUGUGGGAGGGCAAGCUACUCUCACUUUCGGUUCAGCGUCUGGGUGUCGCGAUACCCUUGGAAGUAACGUCUCCUUCAAACCACCAGCACCCGCAUCAUUAUUAUCCACCCAAAGAAACGAGCGCAUUAUUGCUUUCUGUCGCAUCAAUUCAUUUCUUGACAAAGGACAUUGAAAAGAGUGCGGCGACUCUGGAAAAGAUAUCGCUGCAGUUUGUCAAACGGUUCGACCAAAACAACGAGGAACACUUUUUGGCCGAGCGUCACCCACGUAUGAACCAGAUGCACCUGCCAUCGAUCGCCUGUCAUGUGUAUACCCGCAGCGAGAAACCCAAAGAGUUUAUCAAGAUUGACGCCAAAGUAGGGGGUUUUGAAGUCGACAUUGAUGGUGCGUUCUCAGAAUAUGUCAACGCACUGAACGUGAUUUACGUCAAGAGUAAAGACCGCGUCAACGCAUUCACAAAAGCGAGUGGCGUGAGCAACAACCACAACAGCAGCAGCAGCAGCAGCAGCAGCAACAGCAACAGUAAUGACAGUAAUGACAACAGUACAAGCGGCAGUGGUAGCAACAACGAGCUUGUACACUUGGAUUUAGAAGGCAUGUUUGAAUACCAAAGUGGUGUGGUAAGAAUGUAUCCCAAGCGACAUUCUGGCGAAACCAACCGCAAACGGAUGCGAGCGACCAAAUCGGUGACAAGUAACGAAAACGCGGCCAAGAUGGCGACGAUCAAGGUCCCUGGUCUAACUGCUUGGUUCACCUACCAAACCCCACUCGGGCCGCUUGCCUCUGUCGUCCACGAGGCGCCACGAUUCCAUGGCGAUAUUAGGAUCCAUGAAAGCGACAACACACUCCAUCCAUCUCUUGUCCAGUUCCUACAGGAAGUCAUUGCUGGUCUCAAGUUUGGUAUGCAGCAAUCAAGUGAACGAAAGGCAAUACGGUCGAGCACGGCGACUACAGAGACGGCAUCAACGACAGCAGCAACGUCUUCAGCACUUGAAAGCAAUAUCAAUGCGUCGCUUGCACUACGCUUAUCACGAACCAAGUUGGACCUCAGCUGCCAGCCUGCAUCCAAGGUCGUAUGCUCGAUAAGCUGGGAAGAAAGCGAGUUCUUGAUGCACUCGUUGUCAAACGAGAAAUCGGCAUCACGUACCAUGAGCUGCGUUGGAUACAUCAACAAUCUAUCUGCCACUGUCAAGCACUUUUUCUCCCCCGAGGCUUGUUUGACGGCACGCAUCGACCAGCUGCUGAUGAACGCCAUGCUAACCUCCGAGCGAAGCCAAGGGGUAUCCGAUGGUGACGUUAUCUCCAUUAUUGUGAAAUUACCGUCAGCCAAUGUUGAUGUAAACGUCCGACACCUCCAAGAUUUGCUUAUCUUGAACGCUUUCUGGUUCGAACAAGGAAAGUCAAGCAAAGAAACACCCCAACAACAACAAUAUCAUCACCAUCACCAUCAACAGCAGCAGCCCCAGCAACAUCAAGAAACGGCAGCCGCUGAAGCGCCAGCGCCCAAACCGUUCUCUCGAUACGUCUCAAUACAUACGGGUGUGAUCCAGCUUUCGGUCGACCUCGGUCAAGCAAUUGGCAAAGUAACGCUCGCGCCUGAAAAUCUUGGAAUCACCACGCACCAUGUUCCGUCCAAUUCGAAAGCACUUUCAAUGUCUUUGGACAGGAUCCGCAUAACGUCAGAAGGACGCUUAUCUGGCGAUGCUCGUUUCGAUCGCCUUAUGCUCCAGCUUGCCUAUUACGACAUCAAGGCGCCAAGGGAAAAUCGAGCCCCAUCUUUGCUGCUGUUCAUGGAUGGAUUCAGUGCUACAUUCGAGUACGAGUUCCAGCACCUUUUGGAUAUCAUUCAGGAACCCAUCGAAUUCCGUGCACAACUCGUUGCCAAAAAGGGGGCAUAUGAACUGGACAUGACAGCAAGGGCCAAACCCUUACUUGCAUGUGUAUCCAUCAAGGCAGUUCCAGUCAUCAUUACCAUGUACAAGCGCUUUACUGAGCUAUUGGAGAAAAAGAAAAUUGAAGCUGGUGUUCUAGACACGUUACACGGUGUACAGCAGAAGCAGGAGCAGCAAGAGCAGCAAUCAUCCCCAGAGCAAUUUCCAACCAAUCGACAACCACGACCAUCAUCAAGUCUUGCUCACAUAUCCAGCAAUGUCGAUGUACGUUUGGAUUCAGUCGAGGUUGUCAUUUACCCAAGCCAAUUCCAGGAUGCGGAUAACGUGGAGCUCUGUGCAUAUGAUUUACAUCUUGUAUUGCUGCAAAACAUGGAGUUCAUGGACAACAGUCAGCAGGAAGAAGAGCACCGUACAUUGGCAAUACGUCUUGCGGGCGCAGCGUUGAUGAAGAAUGUACCUGGUGUGAAAUUGAUGGUCAAGCGGAACGCAGCCAAGGAGAAGGAAAGACAGGCAGCUGCCGAGGCAAGCGCCCAUGCAUCUUCUUCUUCUUCUUCUGCUGCUGCUGAUGCUGGAUCGGCAAGCAAUAUCAAUGGCGAUAGUAACGACAAUUCUCGAAGUCUAGCAUCAGCUGCACCAGCGACGACGACGGCGACGACUACUACGCCGGCCAAACAGGCUGCAGAAAGUGGAGGUGGAGGGGUGUCUAUUUUUGGUAUACCAAACGUCUCACUUCAGAUGGAAUCGAACCAAUUGGAGCGUCAAGUCGAGCAUAUCUUUUCUGCCAGCUUUGGUGGCCGUGUCAAUGUAUCUCUCAACCUCGGUCUGAUUCGUUACUUGCAAGAACUGGCCAACAUGUUCACCACUCAAAUGGAACGUGCACUACAGCAUGACUCUACGGGCCGAAGACCGUCAGGCGCUCCAACUGAAGAUGCACGCAGCUUCGAUAGUGGCGUGGCAGUCAAUCAGCCGCAAGCGCCGUUACCCACACCAUCUACAGCAGUUGAAGAAGGCGGACUUUGCUACAAGUCGAGCGCUCCUGUCAACUUUCAUCCACAGCUGCAAAUAAUGGGCGAUGCAACACCGCCUGUCGAAUGGCUCGGCUUCAAACGAGACCGUCUGCCAGCGUUAGUCCAUGAAAACAUUACCCUUGUUUUAGACCGACUUGUACAUACUCUUUACGAAAUGUAUGAAAAGCAAUAA